UCUGGAUUCUGCAGAGUGACUUCUUAAACAGUAACUGGAUAGUACGGACAAUGAUCCUACGUUCGGAGCUGGUGAUUAUUCUGGUAUUCAUAAGUUGCUUCGCCUAUGGCAACGUAGAAACCGAACGGUACGAAAAAGUUGGGCACGAUGAUAUAUUCUUCAAGGAGUACAACUGUAACUCAAGUCGGGAUAAAUUUGCAAUCAUUGUGCAUGGAUGGAACGAGACCAGCAGCACGGACUGGGUGCUAGACAUGGUGUCCAAUUUAACUCAUCACCGAGGAGGAUGCAUCAUCUCCAUGGAUUACGGCACUUACUCGGUGACAAAUGACUAUUUUACCAACCUGGUGCCACAUUUCCGUUUAGUUGUGAACCGUUUGGUAGAGAAACUUUUCGAACUGGAAUCAAGUGGAUUCGAUCCGGGAAACGGAUUUUUGUUUGGAUUUAGCUUCGGAGCACAAAUCUCGGUGGAGGCUGGCCGAACGUUUGGGCACAGAAAACUUGGCCGCAUAGAUGUAUGCGAGCCAGCAGGUCCUGGUUUUGAUGCGGAGCCAACGGCUACCAAUCGAAAUCCACAACUGGCUGCCCACAAUGUUCAGUGCAUUCACACCAGCAAUCUCUUCGGCACGUUCCGCCGGGAGUGCCACCAGGACUGGAACAUGGGCAAUUGCGGUCACUACCAGCCGGCUGCCGGACCGUAUCCCAAGGGCUCGCACGGUUUGUGUCCCUAUUUCUAUAACAGCGCUUUCGCGAACCAAUUUCGGCCCAUCCGGAAACCACUCCAGUGUUUUUCGUUCCGGGCUGUUACAGACUGGCCAGCGGGUUUCCGUAUGGGUUACUUUAGUGCCGUGGAGAGCAACAUCAUCGGAGAUUUGUUUGCUCCGACGACAAACGAGUACCCCUACAAUGAAAUUACGGAUGCAAAUGAGGUCUGACUGAUGCUUUGUAAUUAGUCGGUCCUUGCUUUCCGUUCGCGCGCUUACAGUCCGUGUUUGCAGUUCGUUCAGGUGCAAAAAAAUUAUACGAAUGCGAGUUUGGAGUUAUGCCAAAAUAAUGCAUAUUGACAUCAAACAAAAAACAUCUUGUUACUCGCCCUCGAUAUGUAUACAGGUCACGAUGAUGGACAUGAAUUCGAUAAAUGGCACGCAGGAUAAGUUGGAAAGGAUUUCAAAAGUUCAGCUUCAAUUUUCUCUAAUAGAAUAAUAAAAUUGCGGAUUGCAGGUUAGAGUAGAUUGUGAGUGCAUGUUUUUUUUCCCUAGACCUCGAAUUUUUCAGUUCACUGAAUGAAAUACUUUAUUCAAAGUUCAUCUUGAAUUUUAUUUUUUAAAUUAUAAUGCAUAUCAACCUCAAUUAAUUUAGAUUUUUAGUGCUGC